AUGCAUCUCACAUCUAAAAACGUUGCCGAGUUCUGGAACGAAGUGUGGUCGAUGAACAACACAGGAUGGAAGUUUGGGGAGCGCGGGGCCCCGUUCACCCGUAUCCUCUACGCGUACCUGCAGGGCGCCGGUGUUGUGGCCACUGAUGAUGGUUCUAAGGCAGACGCGAAUGAGGAGGUGAAGUACGACGCCGUACGGCGCUUUCUCACGGAAAAGACGGUGCUGGUCCCCCUCUGCGGAGACUCCGAAGUGCUGCCGUACAUGGUGGGCUGCGGGGCCGCGCACGUCAUCGGCGCCGACCUCAGUGAGCAGGCGCUGCACACACAACGGGUGGUGAACUUUGCGAACUUCCACUUUCACUCCAAGAGGCUCGAGCGCGUCGAUGGCGCGACGCGGGAGGUAACAGUGCACGAAGCCACCGACGGCGGGCGCCGAGUCACGCUCUUCCACGGCGACAUCACGGAGCUGCCGCUCUUCACGGCGUACACCACGCUCAAGGUGGACUUCAUGUACGACCGCGCUGCGAUGAUGGCAGUCCCGCCGGACCUCCGCCCCGCAUACGUGCGGGCUGUGACGAAAGUCCUGGGCGCCAACGCCGGCGUCGCCUACGAGCGCGUGGUGCGGCUUCUGCCGGAGGAGCAGAACUUCGGUCCACCCUUCAUGGUAGAUAUGGAGGAAGUGCGUAGACUCUACAGGGAGGCCACCGGUCGUGACUACGCGGCGGUGCUGGUGCUCACCUUUAUGGUGGAGGGCCCGCGGCACCCGGAGUGGUACGCACUUCUGCCGCACGCGUAG